AACAAUAGAAGGUGAUCUAAGAGAUGCCCCAUUUGUAGACAGCCUUCUCGGUUUUCUGAAGGAUGCUGAAGCUAUGUCAGCUUAUUAAUAAUAAAAAAGGGGGGGCAGGAAGUAAAUAGGCCCCACAAUAAAUGUGGGGAGAGGAUGGGGUGAGUGGUAACCAUAAACAAGCGCAAACAGUGCACAUAGCUACAAAAAUUCAUCUGUUUUCACUGUCCCCCUCAACAGAGAAGACAAAAGGAAUUUGAAUGCUGCUUAAGAAGGGCAGGCCUAGGAAAAAGGACUCCUGAGGAGCAGCAGCCAGAAGAUUCAGCAUGACGGAAGCAUUCACAGGGACAACGGCUGAAUACACUUAUGAUGAACAAGCUUUUUCCUGCAAUAAGACUGACAUCCAAGAGUUUGGGAAGAUAUUCCUGCCAAUAUUUUAUAUUGCAGUGUUUGCUCUCGGCCUCACAGGGAACCUGAUGGUGGUUUUUGCCAUUGUGAAAGAAGGCAGCAAGAAAAGCAUCACUGACAUCUAUCUACUGAACUUGACUAUCUCGGACCUUCUCUUCGUGAUCUCCCUCCCCUUCUGGGCCUCCAACACGGUGCGUGGAUGGACCCUUGGGACUGUUCCAUGCACGGCUGUUUCCUCGCUGUAUUACAUUGGUUUCUUUGGGGGCAUGUUCUUUAUCACUGUUAUCAGUAUUGACAGGUACUUGGCCAUUGUCCGGGCGACGUAUUCUCUGCGAUCCAGAACAGCGAAGCACGGCUUUCUUAUAACCUGUGCAGUGUGGGCAAUAGCUGUUCUAGUUUCAGUGCCACAAUUUGUGUUCUCCCAGCUGGUAGAAAACGACUGCGUUUCUGUCUACCCCCAGGAGCUGGAGAACAUCUGGCCAGUGUUCUGCAACGUGGAACUGAACACCCUCGGGUUUCUCGUCCCGGUCUGUAUCAUUUGCUAUUGCUACUGUGGGACCAUCAAAACCCUGCUGUCCUGCAAGAACCAGAAAAAAGCACGGGCUGUAAAGCUGGUCUUGGUCGUGGUGGUGGUGUUUUUUCUGUUUUGGUCCCCCUACAACGUCCUGAUUUUUCUAGAGACUUUAAGGCACUAUGAGGUAUUCACGAGUUGCAACCAGAUUAAAUCCCUGGACUACGCAAUGCACCUGACUGAAACCAUCGCGUUCAGCCACUGCUGUCUCAAUCCUUUUAUCUAUGCCUUUGCUGGGGAAAAGUUCAGGAAAUACCUUCAUCGUGUGUGCUUAAAGUACUGCCCAUUCCUGUGCUUCUGUGGGCCCUGCAGCCGCUACCAGAUCCCCCCUUCGGCCAGCUAUGCAGAAAGCAUGGUGAACAGCAACAUAACCCUCAACACCAGUGACCAGGAUGGCUCUGUCUUCGUCUGAAAGGCUCUGUGGAGAAGAAAUGUGUGUAAAUACAUCGCCUGCAGGGCCAGCCACCUCUGAGAGUUGCCAUUACCUGUAUGGAGAGACUCAAUGGCUGCACCGAACCACUGACGUGCCUCUUGUUAAGCAUUAGAUGUUUCUAAACCAGUGAAGAUGUUAAGAACCAAAGCAGUACAACAUGUCAAGGCUGAAGGUGGAAUUGAAUCAAGAGAGAGGAAGGGGGAAAGUGAAGCAAAAGCAGCACUCUUGGCCUGGCAUGGGAGUUGGAGAAGAAUUUAAGGAGAGGGAAGCUGUUGAAUAGUUUCAUCAUUGAAACUUGCACACGUGCCAUUGUAUGAACACAGGGUACUAAUGUACAUAGACCUCAACUCAGUUUUUAAGGGACUAGAGAUCUGUUUAAUGAAUGGUAGCUGACUGUUAUCAAGGGCAGUGUUUUUGAUACCUAAGGGGUAUAUUUUUGAUGCUGUAUAUUCAUAUAGAAGUGAUUUUGGGGUAUUGGUUGCGAUAAAUGUUUUACCUGUGCUUUCAUACCUAAUCAAAUCCUACUGUUAAAACACCCCAGAGUUAUUUCUGAACACGCAUUUACUGCCAGCAAUGCACUCGGUGUUUGUAGCAUGCACUAACCAGAGAGCAAAGACCAUGCUUAAGGGUUUGGGUCCUGACCUGGAGCUGAUCCAGGGAAAGGUAUGGGUUUGGGAAGCAUUGUGCUUAGUUCAAGUACAUCACAAUCAGGCUGCGAAUUGCUUGCAGAGGGUGGUAAGUACGUGCUUCAUGCCCAUACUCUGCUUGCCACACGUUGUAAACACUAACUGUGUCUAUGCUAUCAUAGCCAAGAGCUUUCAGGACAAAAUAACCACUUGCCCAUGCUGUUUACCACAACCUUCCUCAACCUUUGUGGCCUCCCCUCCCAUAGCUGAUUUCCCCAGGGAAACCUGCAGCUGUACCCGGAUUUAACACAUCCCAGAGGACACACUUACCUUGUGCACUCCGCAUCCUGCAAACAUCCCUUCUACUCUUGCAGUCAGACAAGUGAGAGACCUUCUGCAGGGCCCUCCCUGUGGAGCUCCUGCCAUCAUCUGCUGCAAGAGCAAUGGAGGUUUG